GGUAUAGCGCCAUUUUCCCCCGCGGCUCUCUCUCCGCCUGCCGCUGCUCCCAACAACCCCAAUAAACUCCUCUUUCUGUCAACAAAACCUCCACAAAAAACACACCACCCCAGGGCCGGGGGGGCUGGCGACCUCACGGACCACUCCCAGCUCCAUGUAACCGCGUUUGACCCACUUUUCGGGCAGUUUCAGGCCGACAUGGAGGGCGAGGAGAGCGGCUUACCCCUCAUUGGCUCCCCGGUAAACCUGGUGUUGCUAUGGCGUUAGCUUGGCUGUUGAUGCGGUGAAACGAACCAAGGAAGACGUCGUUUUAUUCAGAAAAUCUCCCAAAGAAACGGACGACAGUGGAUAUAGUUUACAUUUUUAACAUCUAAACAACUAUUACUUCACCCUUCUUUUGGAUAACACAACGUUUAUUUUUUAAAACGUGUUAAAAAUUGUUCGGAAGACAGCGGAUGUCAUAAGAGAGAACGGAUGCGUGAGGACAUGUCCGCGGUGCUGUGUGUGAAGCCGGAGGAGGGGGACCCGGGGGAGCGUUUGACCCAGGAUGAGAUCGUGUCCCGGACUCGGCAGGUGGUGGCGGGUCUGGAGGCCCUUAAGCAGGAGCACACCUCCAUACUGGACGGUCUGCUGGGGUCACUGCAGUGCUUUAAACAGAGCGGGUCCGAGGCUCACCCACAGGGGGCGCUACAGGGAGAGCCUCAGUCUGAGCUGGUGGAGGAGAAGAGCCUCAUGAUCAGGAAGAGUCUGGACAUGCUGGAGCUUGGACUCAGCGAGGCUCAGGUGAUGAUGGCGCUGUCGAGUCACCUGAGCGCGGUGGAGUCGGAGAAGCAGAAGCUGCGCGCUCAGGUUCGGAGGCUGUGUCAGGAAAACCAGUGGCUCCGAGACGAACUGGCCGGAACUCAACAGAAGCUGCAGAGGAGCGAGCAGAGCGUGGCGCAGCUGGAGGAGGAGAAGAAACACCUGGAGUUUAUGAACCAGCUGAAGAAGUACGACCAGGACCUGUCCCCCAGCGACGACAAAGACUCCGACUCCAGCAGAGAGACACUGGACGACCUCUUCCCCGACGAUCAGGACGAGCCCGCACCAGGAAUCCCCACAGCUCACGGUAGUGCCGCCGUAGCUCUGGCUCAGCAGGGAGGAUAUGAGAUCCCCGCGCGCCUCAGGACCCUCCAUAACCUGGUGAUCCAGUACGCCUCUCAGGGACGCUACGAGGUGGCUGUGCCCCUCUGCAAACAGGCUCUGGAGGACCUGGAGAAAACAUCUGGGCAUGACCAUCCAGACGUGGCCACCAUGCUCAACAUACUGGCUCUGGUUUACAGGGAUCAGAACAAGUACAAAGAAGCAGCGAACCUCCUGAACGAUGCUCUGGCGAUUCGAGAGAAGACUUUAGGACGGGACCAUCCAGCUGUGGCUGCGACUCUGAAUAAUUUGGCUGUUCUUUACGGAAAGCGAGGGAAAUACAAAGAGGCGGAGCCGCUGUGCAAGAGAGCGCUGGAGAUCAGGGAGAAGGUUCUGGGUAAAGACCACCCGGACGUGGCCAAACAGCUGAAUAACCUGGCUCUGCUGUGUCAGAACCAGGGGAAGUACGAGGAGGUGGAGGUGUACUACAUGAGAGCACUGGACAUUUAUCAGAGCAAACUGGGACCUGACGACCCCAACGUGGCCAAGACCAAGAACAACCUGGCCUCCUGUUACCUGAAACAAGGCAAAUUCAAACAGGCAGAAACACUGUACAAAGAAAUCCUGACCAGGGCCCACGAGCGCGAGUUUGGAUCUGUGGACGAUGAGAACAAGCCGAUCUGGAUGCACGCAGAGGAGAGGGAGGAGCAGAGCAAGGGGAAACAGAAGGAUGGGUCCCCGUUUGGAGAAUACGGCGGCUGGUACAAAGCCUGUAAAGUUGACAGCCCCACAGUCACUACCACUCUGAAGAACCUGGGCGCCCUCUACAGGCGACAGGGGAAAUUUGAGGCAGCAGACACACUGGAGGAGGCCGCUAUGAGGUCCAGGAAACAGGGCCUGGACACGGCUCAUAAGCAGCGCGUGGCCGAGGUGCUGAGUGACCCGGAGCAGAGGGACAAACAGAGGAGCAGAGAGAGUUUGAACUCAGACACGGUGAAAUACGAGAGUGGCGUGAACGGUGGAGAGGGAGUGAGUAUGAGCGUCGAGUGGAACGGGGACGGCUCUGGCGCUCUGAAGAGGAGUGGCUCUUUCAGUAAACUCAGAGCCUCUAUACGACGCAGCAGUGAAAAACUGGUGCGAAAACUGAGAGGAGGAUCACCCAGGGAGCCGGAGCCCAAGAACACAGGCAUGAAGCGAGCCAGCUCCUUGGGUUUUCUCAAUAUGUUGGACAGAGCUGCUCCAGACAUCCACCAAGAGCGAAAUAAUAGUCUGAGGAGGAACGACCUGAGCGCCAGCUCCACAAACCUGGCACUUUGAGGAUUUUAUAGUAAAAUAAAGAUGUGUUUUUCUGCACUUUGGACCUGAACAUAUCGAGAGGAAAAACGAGGAGAGCUACUGUACAAACCUGUGUGAGUCUAACGCUGCUUUUACUGCUUUAGGUCAAGAUACUGAAACACGUCCAAAACUAAAAGGAGUUUACAUAGAGUUUAUACUAGAAUGACUUGAAUACUGCAUUUGUUUGUUUUAGAAGGUUUGAAAUGGUCAAGAAAGACUUAAGUUAGACUGUGGUCUAUAGUCACCUCACUGCAAAAGACGAUAUUUAACAUUAACAGCUGUUUGAGGAAAAAUGGAAAAUGACUUGAAUUUAGAAAAAAGUCUUAAAACCACAGUAUGUAACUUUUUAGCCAAAAAAUGACUAAAAUAUAUUGAUUACAUUUUUUAUUGUUUUUAUUGCUCUGAAAAGCAUACGUCCUUACUGUGAGCGAGCUUGUAUCUCCACAGACUUGACUCUUGUUUGGCCUGGAGGAGGGACCACUUCCUGCUCAUUUCCAUGGAAAUGUUGUUCUUUUGGCUAUAAUAUUCCAGAGUAUGGCAUAAAACUCAUCUAUCUCCAUGGAAUUAUGCAAGUGACGUACCACCUCCCAGAAAGUUACAUACUGUACUUUUAAUCAAAUGAAAAUCUCAUAAGAAUUGAAUGGCAUUUUAAAGGAAUAAUUCAGUUUAUGUUUAAACUAAUUGACCGUGAAUUACGUGACAUAAACUAUGACCUAAUGACUAGAAAAAGUGCUAAAAACAUUUUCUCUAACACAUUUCUAUAACAAAAUAAUAUUCUGAUUUCAAGUCAUUUUAUCCAUAUAUUUUUGUCCGUGUUUGGCUGGAAGAAACAUUUACAUUUGCUGAACUUAUAAAAGAAUAAUUACUCCACAUUUUAAUGUAUUAUUUGGAACAAUUUGACUUUUGAAAUCAAAGUUAAAACCAAAAAAUCUGAUAAUCUGAAGUUUGUUUUCUUGUUUAAAUGUAAAAUAGAGGAGCUAAUGUUACAGAGCUGUUUACUGGGUUUACUGUUACAUGCAGUUUAGAGAAGCUUUUAUUACAAAUGUGUUUGGAACUGGAAACUAUUUAUUUUUACCCACAAAAAUACAUGAUGCAGAAUAUAUUUGAUGCAUUUUACUGAAGUUGACCAAAACUAUUUCGUUUAGUUUAGCAGAUGUGGUAGAAGUGCUGUUGUGUUAUAUUGAAAUUCACUGUUUUGAAUGUAACUUUAAGUGGAGUUUUGUUACUAUGCAGACGUCUAUGCAGAAGGAUCCAAUGGGCCUCAGUCACACAAGCUCUGAGACACAUACUUACAGAUAGAAGGUUGCUGGUUUGAUCCCCACUACUGGUAUUGCAAACUGCCUUUGUGUCUGUGGGCAAGACACUUUCUCCAAACACUAUGCAAACCACUUGGACAGUUGACACUAUAGUUUUUAUCAGUUAGAAUGUUUAAUAGAACUAUUUAAAGAGCUUACACUGUGUUCUUCUCUCUGUUAUAAUGUUGUUUCCUCAUCAAAUACAUACUUGAGUUUUUGUUUCAUUCACAUGUUUAAACACACAAACUCUGCAUAUUUCAACUGAGUUCUUCUCUGUUCCACCUUGUGAUGUCAUGUGGUAAUACAGGAAGUGCUCCAUUUUAUUUUUAAACUCCAUACACCUUCACUAGAAUUUUUUGGAUGACUUCAGCCCUCAAACUGUCAAACUCUACUGAACUAAAGGUGAAAGAAGCUGUUAACAUGUAAACUACCACUACAUGACAUCACAAGGUGGAACUGAGCAUUUUGAGCUUUGGAGAUGUAGACAGACUAAUCAUAAGAAGUUACUCAAAAAUGUGUAAAUGAAACAAAACACAACUCCAGGUCUGUUUUUGAGGAGGUAAUUUCAAUAUAACACAACUUGAAGCUCACAAGAGUCACUUUUGUGUAAUAUAGGACCUUUAAACUACAUUUAAAGUGGAACUAAACACAAAUCAGCUUUUUUUUGCUACUAAACUGUAUAUGGUGUUUUAAUAGCAUUAUCUACUGCCCCUAGAGGCCACUGCAGUUUCAAGUACUGAGUCAGGUGUUUCUGAUACAAACACUGGUUGCAGGGACGGCGUUUGAAGCAUGAAUACCUGUUAGACCAAUUACACUGUUCCUUAUACCUCCAAACCCCGCCCCCUCCUCCCCCUCACUCUCCCCUUUAGCCCUCCAGACCCCUCUCCUCCUCACUCUCCCCUUUAGCCCUCCAGACCCCUCCCCUCCUCACUCUCCCUUUUAGUCCUCCAGACCCCUCCCUCCUCAGUCUCCCCUUCAGCCCUCCAGACCCCUCCCCUCCUCACUCUCCCUUUUAGUCCUCCAGACCCCUCCCCUCCUUCACUCUCCCUUUUAGUCCUCCAGACCCCUCCCCUCCUCACUCUCCCCUCCUCACUCUCCCCUUUAGUCCUCCAGACCCCUCCCUCCUCACUCUCCCUUUUAGUCCUCCAGACCCCUCCCCUCCUCACUCUCCCCUUUUAGUCCUCCAGACCCCUCCCCUCCUCACUCUCCCCUUUAGUCCUCCAGACCCUCCCUCCUCACUCUCCCCUUUAGUCCUCCAGAGCCCUCUCCUCCUCACUCUCCCCUUUAGUCCUCCAGACCCCUCUCCUCCUCACUCUCCCCUUUAGUCCUCCAGAGCCCUCUCCUCCUCACUCUCCCCUUUAGUCCUCCAGACCCCUCCCCUCCUCACUCUCCCCUUUAGUCCUCCAGACCCCUCUCCUCCUCACUCUCCCCUUUAGUCCUCCAGAGCCCUCACUUUAAAUACAAUGCCCUUAAUAAUUUCCCUGAGGAACUCUUCAAGUAGCGCAGGAGUGUCUUGCCCAAGGAAACAAUGGCGCUAUGCAAUGCAGGCAUCACAGACUGAACCAUCAACCGCCGGACAGAAUACUUGAUACCAUUUAGCUGAAGGAGGCCCAUUGGUUGAAUCAUAUUUUUACAAUUCUUUUUAAAUUUGCCUGUAAUUUUGCGCUGUGCUUAUGAAGUUUAAGCUUUUGCACUGGAACUAAAACAGAAGAAUCACAGAAUUUUUAUUUUAUUUUUGGUUUUAGAGGAAGAAAUAUUUAGUUCAAGGACUGUUUUAUUGUCGACUGUUGAUCGGUCUGUUCCUGGAGUUGUGAAAUAAAUAUAUGACGCUGUUACGUGUUUGAAGAUGCAGAGUACAGAGGCACAUAUCUGAACAAAGCUUUGGAGAUAAACUGAGAACGCAGCGAGUGACACAGACACUGGUGGUGGUAUAAAAAUAAAAUACUUAACAGUUAUUAAUUACAUGCAAAUAAUAUUCAAACUAAAUGCACAAUCUGUUUUUUCACUUCUAUAAUACUUGUGUUUAUCUUUGGUCUUGGUUUAGUUCUGGUAUAGUCCUGGUUUAGUCCUGUUUAGUCCUUGUUAAGUCCUAGUUUGAACCUCAAGUCUUGGCUUAGUUCUCUUGGUCUAGACCUGGUUUAAGUCUGAUUUAGUCCUGAUCUAAAUAUAAUAUUGGGUUCAUUCAAAUCUUCAUUCUAUAUUCCAUAAUUCAGAACAUCUAUUUUUAGUUUUGUUGUAUUUUAAUCAACCAAGUUAAGUCAUGCAGUUUAGUUUUUCCACAUUUUUCUCUCUCUCUCUCUUUUUUUUUAAAUAAUAGACAAAAGUACAAGCACAAAAGUAGUUUGGCAAAUUCAGACUUUUUCUCCGUGUAUUUUUUAUACAAAGUGAUAUCAGUCUGGUCCUCACUCUGUCUGUCAUGUCUUAAGCCAAAACCAAACCUGAUCUUCCAAUUAGACUUGUUUAUUUCAGUCAUGCAUGUGAAAUGAAGGAGCUCAUUGGUCACCUGUCAUUUACAAACAAAUGUGAUUCUGCAGAAAUCUACCUUAUUUUUCAGUCCCUUAUGAUUUCAGCCUUUGUUUAGUUUCUGUAUCUUUUUUCCUCAUUUGCAGUCAUAUUUGUUUUCAUAUAGACAGACCAUGUGUGUCUGAUUGGCUAAUCCACCUGUCAAUCACGCCCAUCUGAACUCAGGGAGAUAAAAAAAUAUAUAUGAAUGUUGUCAUUAAUUUGAACAUUUGCCCUAUAUUUUUCAUUAUUUAAACUAUUCUAGCCAACCAAAACCAACCGUAACAUUGUCUGUGUCACCAAAAGCCGUGUUUGUUCAUCUCCAGUAAGAGGAACUUUGAGUCGCAACUUAAGUUUGUAAAGUUGAAUGUAAAAAUUGUUUUAAAAGUUUGAAUUUCACUGUUUUUGUUGUAAAUGUGUUGUUAAUAAUAAGAAUAAUGAUGCCUCUUCUUUUUCCUGCUUCCUGGUUUCUGUUACAAACAGUUUAAUAAAUAUUUGUGGAAAAAUACAA